UGCUUUACUGCUGUGAUAUGCAUAGCUCUUCUUAAAUCAAUGGGAUAUUCCUGGGUUUAUAGUUAAAUUGUGUUUAAACACUUCAUGGCAUCAAGAUCAUUAAGAUGUGCUAUGGCCCAGAGGACUCAGUGAGCUCAGGUGCCCUGAGAGCUGUGUGCCUGGCUGCUAUGUAACCUCAUGGUACAGCCAGGAGGGACAUCCCGCAGAGUGGUGCCAUUGUUUGAAAAAAACAACUGGGAAACCACAAACGUGAGGAACAGACUGCAGGACUGGACUUUCAGUGUCUGCGCAGGACUUUGAAUGCAGAACUCAUCAUAAUGAUACCCAGCUCUUAUACCGUGCUUUUUACUUACAGGCAUGUAAGAAUUUAGACAAGGAGACAUAAAUUACUGACCAGAAAAUGGCCCAGCGAAGCCAAAUCUUCCCAACUCUUGCCGCUUCUGAAAGACGGGUUCGAAACAUCCCACUGCACAGCCAGGCGCUGACAGCGGUCCCGCUGGCAUCUGCAAGCCUGGUGGAUCAGCUGGAAGACAGAAUCUUAAGCCAUGAGAAAACAACAGCGGCUCUUGUGGAACAUGCUUUUCGCAUUAAGGAGGACAUUGUUUCCACUCUGCACAGAAUGCAGAACAAAGGGGGGGGUGACCGGUUGGCUAGGCAACUCUUGGAAGAACACAUCCGAAACAUAACAGCAAUAGUGAGGCAGCUUAAUCGGGACAUUGAGAUGCUGCAGGAACAGAUACGUGUCAGAGACAAUCUCAGCUAUGGAACAAAUUCUACCCUGAAGAGUCUGGAAAUGCGGCAGCUUUCUGGUUUAGGAGAUCUUCGGGGAAGAGUUGCAAGGUGUGAUGCUGGGUUAGCCAGACUGUCUGCAGAGCAUAAAAUUACAUAUGAAAGACUUCAGAGCCUAAGUAAAGACCAACACACCUCCAAGCUGAUUUUAGAAUCUAAAAUCAAAGAGGCAGAAAUACAGAUUUCUCACCUCCUGAGCAGAGUAGAGCAGUCAAUCAUGCAGCAAGAAGCAAAGCUGAAGAUUGCCUACAAAGAGAGCAACCAACAGCUCCACCUCCUGGAUAUGAAAUUAAAAAAUGCUAUUGAGGAACUCAGCAGCCAGAUUUUGUCUGCACGUAGCUGGUUGGAACAGGAACACGAAAGGAUUGAGAAAGAGCUUGUGCAAAAAAUUGACCAACUCUCAUUGACUUUUAAGGAAAACACUGAAAUGAGUGAAAGAGCUAUAGAGAUGAAAUUCAACCAAAUGGCAGAGAAAAUUGACAAAAUGGAAGAAAUACAGAAGAUAACCAUGGAAGCACAUGAAGCAAAACAGACUGAAGAAAAGAUAAAUAUUCGCAUUGGCAAACUUCAAAAUGAGAUAAAUGAAGAUAUAAAAGAAAUGAAAGCUGAAGUUAAUGCUGGAUUUGCAGCUAUCUACGAGAGCAUUGGGUCUCUACGGCAAGUUCUAGAGGCGAAAAUGAAGCUGGACAGAGAUGAACUACAGAAGCAGAUCCACCAAAUUAAGCAGGAGGUUCCAACAUGGGGAGAGACUGGGCCAUGACUACAAGAUUUUGCCCGAGAGAUUAAUGUUUACCUGGCUAAACAGGCAGACUAUAAUCUUGUUGCAGUCUGUAAUCCAAAUUAAAUGCAUGUACCAAAUGACAUGCUGCUGUUGCACAGGUCUGUAUGUUUACUCAAAGUGGUAAAUGCAAGCUCUUCACAGAUCAGCUAACAAGCUUUUAGGGUUGAGGUGCUGAUUUACCACUGCACUACUCUAGUUGCUCUCAGGAGAUUAAGCACCAUGUAAAACUGGAGUAAUAUGUUGGUGAAACGGGCACCUAAUUUGCUAAAGGCAUUCUAGAGCUCCCCAGGUUUGCAGGCUUGAUCAGGCAGGUAUAUGCUCAUAUACAUAUAUAUAAAAAUACAUGUAAGAACCUGCAC